AUGUCAGCAGACAUCAAAAAACAAGUAGUAGCUGCCAUCAAGGAAAGGGGAAAAUUCAGCUUGCAGUUGGAUGAGUCAACUGACGUCAGGGACGAUGCACAGCUCUUGGUAUAUGCGCGGUACCAAGGGAAGAGCGACAUGGAAGAGAACUUCCUGUUCUGUAAACGACUGGAGACGACAACAACAGGUAAUCAGAUGUGCUCUGAUAUGGGGUCGGAGUAUGAACACCUGCUUUACUACUCUGCCGUCAGGUGGCUGUCUCGAGGGAAAGUGCUCCAGAGAGUGUUUGAAAUGCGUACACAGGUUGAAAUCUUCUUGAACGAGAAGAAACACGCACUGGCAUCAAGGCUUUCGGAACCAAGGUGGUUGCUUCAGCUGGCAUAUCUGGCAGAUAUAUUCUCUGAGUUGAAUUUGCUGAACAUGUCCAUGCACGGAAGGGAUGAAACUUAUCUCACUUUGUCAGAAAAACUCAAGGCAUUCAAGGCGAAGCUGAGAUUGUGGAAGGGAAAGAUUGAACGGGAGAAAGCUGCGUUCUUUCCACUCUUGAACCUUUUUCUCGAAGAUGAAGAAGACGUCUCACUUCUGGACAUACAAAAUAUCAUUGUUGAGCAUCUUGAGAAGUUGAGUGAUGAGUUCGACAGGUAUAUUCCGGAUGAAGAAUUGCACGAGAAAUAUAAAUGGGUGCGCAGACCCUUCAAUGUCCAAGUCGAAGACCUCUCAGAAGAAGAGUCUUCCAUUUAA